AGCCCUCUUCAAAAGUCACGUAGAAGCCUCCUGGGGUAUUUCUGACCAAUGUAUGCACUGCAUGUGCCUAGGGAACUUUGUCGUGUGGAUACUAUCAGAUAAAACUUCCGUACUAUAUUGACUGUGGGGAGCCUGGAAAGCAACGUGGAGAGUCUACUGAGAGUGCUUGGAAGCGGUGCGCAGAUGAUCUGGAUUGUGCGGAGACUUGUAUGAUGAACUAUUAUCACCGCUACAAAAGCCAAUGCAAUGGGCUUGGAAUGAGCGAAUGCGAGAACUAUUAUCACCGCUACAAAAGCCAAUGCGAUGGACUUGGAAUGGGCGAAUGCGAGGUUUUUGCACGUAAUCACAAUGGAGGGCCAACCGGGUGCCGUAAUCCGGGAACCUUGGAAUACUGGCAAAGUAUCCAGAAAUGUUGUGGUGGAUCUUGUUAA